AAGGUUUCUUAACUCAAUUGUUUUGAUAAAGUUUUAGCUUUUUGUCUUUUACUGUAAGUGGGUUGUGGAUUCUAAACACUAUGAGAUCAUCUUGUCAUUAACAGGACUUCUUGGUCUUAUUAGUUCAAUUCUGAUUAUAGUUAUAAUCAAGAGUUUUUGUUUUCUAAUGGAGGCAUUCAUGGAAGAGUUUAAACAUCUUAAAUUCCAACUGGAAGAGAUAAAGUUAGCGACGACCAACUUUGAUAACAACAACGUUAUUGGGAAAGGUGGAUUUGGUUAUGUGUACAAAGGAGUACUACGCUCUCACUGUGAGGGUAGAAAUGUGGUGGCUUUUAAACGUCUUGAUCGUAGAUAUGGGCAAGGAGACUCUGAGUUUUGGAAAGAAGUCUUAAUGCUUUCUCGUUACAGACAUGAAAAUCUCAUCUCUCUCCUUGGAUUCUGUGAUGAAGAUGGUGAGAAGAUCCUUGUGUACGAACAUGCAUCUCAUGGAAGCCUCGAUCACCACUUAAGUAGACCUACUCUCACAUGGCGACAACGCCUAAAGAUAUGCCUUGGGGCUGCAAUGGGACUGAGCUACCUUCAUGAUCCAAAAGGGACACAACAAAGAGUUCUCCAUCGUGAUAUAAAAAGUUCCAAUAUUUUACUUGAUGAGAAUUGGAAUGCUAAAGUUUCAGACAUGGGAUUAUCGAAAAUUGCACCUGCUAAUCAGCAGCACACCUUUCUUGUCUCCAAUGUUGUAGGCACCUUUGGGUAUUUAGAUCCGAUGUAUCUGGCCAUGAGCAUUCUAACAAAAGAAUCAGAUGUAUAUUCUUUCGGUGUGGUCUUAUUUGAAGUAUUGUGUGGGAGACUAUGUUUUGAAUAUAACAAAGGUCAUUUACGAAGUUUAGUGCAUUUGUGGAAAAAAAACUACAAACAAAAGAAAUUGGAUGAAAUUAUCUUUCAAGAUUUGAAGCAACAGAUGGAUCCAAGUUCAUUGGAAACAUAUUCAGACAUUGCUUAUCGAUGUUUGCAGAAAUCACGUGAUGAAAGGCCAAAGAUGUGUGAGGUUGUUGAAAAACUUGAGAUCGCUCUUCGAUUUCAGGAGAUUUUUGAAGAAUCAAUGAACUAUGAAGAGAUCAUUAAGACUGCAAUACCUCCUCUUGUCUACAGAUCCUUAGAGGAGCUAAAGAUUCUUCUUUCAAAAGGAAUAUUCCUUAACCGGGGCAGAACGUGGUUUUCUCUUGCAAAAGAUGGGAAGAAAUGUUAUAUGCUAUCAGCAAGAGUGGCUUUAAUUGACUAAAGGACAUUGGAGUUGGCGAUCUUUACCUGAAUCAAGAUUUGGAGAAGUGGCUUAUAGUCCUCGUUGCAACUUUUCGAUAUACUGCUUAUUCAGAAUGUCGUCACCUCAAAAAACGUAUGCAGCUUACCUUGUUUACAAACUACAAGCAUACCAUUCUCGUUUUGAGUUUCCUUUGAAAGUGAGUUACGGCCAUCAUUCAUGGUAUAUCUAUUUACUUUGUCCUCAACUCCCAAUUAUUAAUGGAAAGGUUAAUCAAAACACCUACAACCCACUAAAGAGACGCAAAAUGAAAGGCAUUCCACAAAAAAGGAAUGAUGGUUGGAUGGAAGUACAAAUAUGGGAAUUUCAAACCACCAUGGAAGUAGAAGUAUGGGAAUUUCAGACCUCCACUACUUGUGAAAAGAUUUUGAUGGAUUGCGGAUUGAACCUUUCCGCUAAUGAGUCGCUUGAAGGACUUAUCGUACAAGGCAUUGAGUUUAAACAAAUGAAUUAAUUAAUUAAUUGUAAAUAUCAGGGGUGAAUAUGGUACCGUAGAAUUUUUUUUUUUCCAAACCGUGUAUAAAUAUAAUUAGAUACAAAUUAUUUGCUACAAAACAUGCCAAAAAUAUUUCUAACUAACUUAUUUGGUUACCAUUAAGUUUCGUUGUUACAAAUUUGUAAUUAUAUAUACUAACUUUAUUCU